AUGCAGUUGACAAGUCUUCUGUUGGCAUCCAUUGCCUCCCUGGCAGCUGCUCAGACUGCCACCUCCACCGCGGUCACAAGCACGUCAACCUCGAGCUGUGCCGCCCAGAACAUCCUCGAUGCCUGCCUCGCCACCAUCCAAGGACAGGUGAACUCGUGUCUCAGCACCGACUAUGGCUGCCUGUGCACCCAGUACGGCAACCUGCUGACCUGCUACAACAACUGCCCCAGCGACCCCGGUGUCACCUCCGUCCAGCAGGAGCGCGAACAAUACUGUGCCGCCGCGUCUGCCUACCCAUCCACCACCUCCACGGCUGCGCUCUCCACCACGUCCGGCGACUCGUCAAGCGCAUCCGCCACGACCACCACCGACUCUGCCUCCCAGACCGGCUUCUCCUUUGGCAGCGGAAGCUCGUCCGCCAGCGCCAGCGCUAGUGCUACCGACGGCUCCUCAUCUGGUAACGGUGCUCCAACACUGGAGAUGGGCCGUGGCAUCGUUGCCCUUGCCCUUGCCGGGUUGGGUUUGAUGCUGUGA